AUGAUUUUUUAUAAAUGUAAAAGAGGAAUACACUUUUCAUUUGCUCUUAAACUUCUCAUUACUGCAAGUUUCUCUAAUGACAUUUAUUUGAUAGUAAUAUCCUCGGUGAAUAUAUUUACAAUAUUAUUGAUAUUGAAUAAGAAAUAUACACCAAUUUGGAAAUAUUUCAGAAUAAUUUUGCUUUUAGAAUUGUGCUUUAAUGAUUAACCUUUUGGACCUGCUAUUGUUGCAUCAAUCAAAUAUAAAAUUAAAUACAAGAUCAUUAUCUUGUCUUAUUAUAUUUUGAGAGUAAGUUUAUUUUUUUUUAAUACCUUCAAGAUUAUUGAUUGGAUUUAUUUAGGAAUCCUUUUUGUAGGUUUUAACACAUACUUUUAUAUGCAUGUAAUAACUGUUUUAUUUUUAGGAUAUAAAGUAAACAGACAGUAAAAUAAAUUCUUAAUCUCAAAGGAAACUCACUUAAUUUGAUAUUCCAUCUUAAAAUGAUUCUAAUGAUGUUAUUGAUUUCUUCAAUUAUAUACCUUUAGGAAUAUGUUUAUUAGAUAGUAAUUAUAAUAUAGUGAAUUCUAAUCAUAAAACUAAAAAAUAUUGUUCAAAUAUCAAAGAAGAUAAUUUAUAAUAACAACUUUUUUUAAUGAUUCAAAGGUAAAGUAUCUUAUAAUAUUAUUCUUAGAGCUUGGAUUCAACAAUAAUAGAUUCCAAGUGCUUUAAGAAUAGAGAGGAGAUCUUUAUUUAAUUCUUCUGAAGAUUAUGGAUCAGAUUUUUAAUUAAGAAGAAUGCAAUCUUUUAGUUAAAGUAGAAAAAAAGCAAUUUCAUUUACUUCUUGUAGAUAAUAUAAUAAUCCUAUUGAUAUUGUAUAAAUAAUCAAUAAAUACAAAUCUAAAGGUAUUUCAGGAAGUAUCAAUCUUAACUCCCUUAAAUAUAGAGAUUAAAUUAAUAUGAAAACAUAUGAAAUUAAGAUAUAUGAAAUAUCAAAAGGAUUAUUGAUCAUGAUAAAAAACAUAACAAAAAAAGAGAAUUAAAUUGAUAUGAAAGAAAGAUAUCAUUUUCAAUAAAUGCUUAUCAAUUCUUUUUCACAUGAAUUACGAACACCUUUAAAUUGUUCUCUAUCACUUUUACAAACAUUAGAACAAUAAAUUAAACCAGAAUUAAAUGAUACAUAUUUAAGACCUGCAAUAAUCUCUAAUAAAAAAUUAUUACAUCAAAUUAAUGAUAUAUUAGAUUUUGCUAAUUUUGAAGUUUAAACAUUCAAAUUAAGACCUACUAUUUUCAAAUUGUCAAAUUUAAUAUAAACAAUAGAAGAUUAUUUUAAAGCAGAAUGUUAAUAAAAGAAAAUUGAUUUCGUGAUUUAAUCUUGUGAAGAUGCUUAUAUUAGAAAUGAUUUCGAUAGAAUUUUAUAAAUUUUAGUUAAUUUAUUGAAUAACUCAGUUAAAUAUACAAAACAAGAAGGGAUUAUUUAAUUAAAUGUUAAAAGAGUUGGAUCAUUGUAUCAAUUCGAAGUCUUUGAUACAGGAUGUGGAAUUUCAGCUGAGAAAUUAUUUUUAAUAAAUAAAAUUCUAUAAAAUUAAGAAGUUGAUAUUGCUAGAAGGGGUGAAGAGGAUUACAUUUUAUAUGUAGGUUUAGGUCUAAAAGUAUCAAGUCAAAUUGCUAGACAACUUUGUGAUAAAGGAGAAUUAAGUAUAACAAGUUAAUUGAAUCAAUUUACAAAUAAUAGAUUCAUUGUAAAAGAUUUAUAAUCUUAUGAUGAAGCAUUAAUAAUACCAACUGAUGAAUGUAUUUAAGAACCAUACAAAAGCAAAGUUAAAAAUAAAUGUAAUUGUCAAAAUGUAUUAAUUGUUGAUGAUAUUCCAUUCAAUCAUUUAGCAUUUAUUACAGUAUUAAAAUACUUCAAUAUCAAAAGUGAUAGUGCUUAUGAUGGAUAAAUGGCUAUUGAAAUGAUUAAAAAUAGAUAUAAGAAUUGUCAUUGUGCUUAUAAAUUAAUUUUCAUGGAUAUUGAUAUGCCUGGAAUUGAUGGAUAUUAGACAACUAAAGAAAUUUAAGAAUUUUUAGAAUAGAAUGGAAUGAGUUCCACUAUUAUUAUGUGCAGUGCAUUUGAUAGUAAAGAUAAUAUAGAUAUUGCUUAUAAGAGUGGUAUGAAAGAUAUUCUACCAAAACCAAUUGAAACUAGUCGACUCAAAAAAAUACUAAAUAAAUAUUAUUUUUGA